GAAGUUUGAAGUACUGUUAGAGUUUAGAGUUGUAGAGCGAGAGAGUUGGAUUGGGAACAGUACAGUUAGAUAAGAAAAGAUCAAAUCAACUCUUUUUCUCUUUGAUUCUCAAUGGCAUCAACAUCGACAUCGACAUCGACGUCGUGUCCGCUGAACGACGUCGUCGCAGCAAAUUCUCCUCCAAACUCCCCAAAUUCCUCUUCCUCCACUCGCAAGGCUUGCUAUGCUGUUCUCCAGAGUUGGGUCUCACAGAAGUUUAUAACUGGAUGUGUGGUUCUCUUUCCUGUUGCUGUUACAUUCUUCAUCACAUGGUGGUUCAUUCAGUUUGUUGAUGGUUUCUUCAGUCCAACAUAUGCCAGGCUUGGCAUUGACUUAUUUGGCCUUGGAUUUAUUACAUCACUAAUUUUCGUAUUCUUUAUUGGUAUGUUUGCUUCAUCAUGGGUGGGUGCCACUGUUUUUUGGAUUGGAGAAUGGUUUAUAAAAAGAAUGCCCUUUGUUAAGCACAUUUACUCGGCCUCCAAACAGAUUAGUACUGCUAUUUCUCCAGAUCAAAAUACCACAGCUUUUAAAGAGGUUGCAAUCAUCCGUCAUCCUCGUGUUGGUGAAUAUGCAAUUGGUUUUAUCACAUCCUCUGUAGUCCUUCAGAGAGAUGAAGGAGAUGUGGAGUUAUGCAGUGUCUAUGUCCCAACAAAUCAUCUAUAUAUUGGUGAUGUUUUUCUGGUCAAUUCUGAAGAGAUCAUACGGCCGAAUUUGUCUAUUCGAGAAUGCAUAGAGAUCAUAAUUUCAGUCGGUAUGACAAUGCCACGGGUGAUUUCUCCUACAGUAGGGAUUGCUCCUCUAAGUGAUGAUAUGCAUCUGGACAGAAUAAUAUGAAGGCAUUAAGAACAGGUUUUCAUGAUGAGGGACUACUUGCUUAUAGAAAAUACUUUAACAGAAUACACCCCUCGGAAAGGCAACAUCAUGUUUGGUCUCCUUUCCACGUUUGGUCAUGGAUUCAUGGGAUAGGGUCAUCGGCUACUAUGUGGUAUUUUUGGUCUUGGCCUCCUAUAUGUCGCACGAUAUUGUAUUUUUACCACUUGCUUCUGUAAAAGAAAUGCGCAGGUAUUAUAUAAACUAGUAGCUAAUCUACAAAAGUUUUUCUUAUAGUUAA